GAAUGGUGCAAUGCUCAAGCACGGAAAGCAAUCCAAUCACUGGUCAACUCGACACUGAGGCACUUGCAGUUCUCAAACAGUUUGACGAGAUCAAAUUUCACAAACACGUGGUGCGCAUUACACCCAGCGAGCACUUCAGGCAGAUCAAGUAGCGGACCUCGCUAGAGAUAACAGAUAUAACGGAAAACAACUUCCAGUAAACAAGACAAGGAGAGAGAUGAGUUUUCGUGCCGUGCUUAGGGUUUCACUGAGCAGAAACAAGUCGCCAUUGUCGUUGUUUCGACCUCAUGUCUUUUCGCGAUCGUUCUCUCAGCUUCCCUCAACUCCCAAGUGGCCUUGUUUCGGAAUCGCUUUUGAUAUCGAUGGGGUUAUUCUUCGUGGUCGCGUUCCCAUUGGAGGCUCUACCCAAGCUUUGAGAAGAUUGUACGGAGAUUCUGGUGCUCUGAAGAUCCCCUUUCUGUUUUUGACAAAUGGAGGUGGCAUCCCUGAAUCUAGACGAGCCUCUGAGUUGAGUGAACUUUUAGGAGUAAACAUUUUACCCUUGCAGAUUGUACAGGGUCACUCACCUUUCAAGAAUUUGUUAAAGAGAUUUGAGAAUGAACUCAUUGUUGCCACUGGAAAAGGAGAACCUGCUGUGGUGAUGUCCGAGUAUGGUUUUAAAAAAGUUCUAUCAUUAGAUGAGUACGCAUCUUACUUUGAUAACAUUGAUCCCGUAGCUCAGUAUAAGACCUGGACAAUUGAACAAGUAUCUAGUCAUUAUUUCAACUCCACGGAGUUGGUCCCAAGAUACGACGUCUUUUCUGAAAGCGUUAAGGCAGCAUUUGUUGUUAGUGAUCCUGUUGAUUGGGGGAGGGAUAUUCAGGUUCUCUGUGACAUAUUACGAUCCGGAGGACUUCCUGGAAAGAAAAAUGGGCAUCAACCACCUUUAUAUCUUGCGGCUGAUGAUCUUGAAUACCAGGCUGCAUUUCCUUCUGAACGUCUUGGUUUGGGUUCUUUCAGAAUUGCACUAGAAAGCAUCUUCAACAGAGUGCACCAUAGUGCAUUGGAGUAUACUACUUUUGGAAAACCAAAUCCAUUUGUAUUCAAGAAUGCUGAAGCAAUAUUGAAACAACUGCAGCCAUCUUGUCCCAAUAGUCAUGCUGUUGAUGUUGGCCACAUGUCAUCACAUGCUUUUAAGACCCUGUAUAUGAUUGGUGACAAUCCUUCAGUUGACAUCAAAGGUGCACAACAGGCAGGACAUCCAUGGUUUUCAAUUUUGACGAGAACAGGUGUUUUCAAGGGAAAAGAAAAUCCAGCUGAUCUGGUGGUGGACACUGUGGAAGAAGCAGUGGAGUAUAUUUUGAGGAAGGAGGGUUGUGCUUAGUACUCAUAUAUUUUUAGCAUUAUUCUUUCAUCGUUUCCAUUAUGUAUAUACACAUUAUAUGGUGAAGAUGAAGAUGAAGAUGAAGGGUGACUUCUGAAGUCGAAAUGUACCGGAUUUUUGAAAUGGAAUGAAUUCAUUUCCUUUGUUCUGUUUC